CUUGACAUGGCUGCGCCCAUGAUUUGUGCAAAUCUUGUGUUUGUAUUUUGAGCUUUUAUGUGAAGAGGCACAUAAUUCGGAGAAAAUGACGUUAGAGCUUUUUGUUAGAAAAACUCUUGAUUUGUUGAAUAAGGAAAGAGAAGCAGAAGUUGAAGAAACCAGGGUGCUAACGGAGAAACUACCACCCAAAGAAUUACAGAGACGAGGAGUGUGUUUGCUGAAACUUCGUUUAGCUGGAAGAAAUUCAGGUCUCUAUGGAAGAACAUUAGUGACGUUUGAACCUUUCUGGGCUGGAAAAGAUUUCCCUUCACACAAUCUCACCCCAGGUGAUAUCAUCGGUCUGACUUUAUCCCAGGGAGAAACUCAGAAUGAAGCACUGGCUUCUGGUAUUGUGUCAAAGGUGGGACAGUCACAGAUAAGCAUUGCUUUUGAUGAGACACACGACAUCUUCAGUCUUGAUGAUGAAGUCCAGUACAAGCUCACCAAGCUUGCCAAUGAUGUGACCUACAGGCGCCUCAAGAGAGCACUGAAUGACCUGAACAACUACUCCAGUGGCCGAGCAUCCUGUCUUGUCAAUGUUCUGUUUGGCGUUUCAGAGUUGUCUCCCCCUACUGACCCAACAGACAUCAAGUAUGUGAAUGAGUCCUUGGAUACCUCUCAGAGAGAGGCUGUAGAGUUUGCACUGCGACAGCGUGAACUGUCAGUGAUCCAUGGUCCCCCUGGGACGGGGAAGACGACCACGGUGGUGGAGAUCAUCCUCCAGGCAGUCAGGAGGGGCAUGAAGGUGGUGGCAUGUGCUCCGUCUAACGUUGCUGUCGACAAUCUGGUCGAGCGUCUGUCCCAUCAUCUACAAAAGAUUUUGAGGAUCGGCCACCCUGCCCGUCUGCUCCCGCAUAUUCAGAAGUACUCCCUCGAUGCCAUCGUCUCUGGAAGUGACGAGAAUAAACUGGUGCACGAUGUUCGGCGAGACCUUGACAAGGCCAUUUCCAAAGUGAAGCAGACGCGCAACAAGGGAGAGAAGCAGGGUUUGCGGGAGGAGAUGCGACAUCUCCGCAAGGAGCUGGUCCGGAGGGAGGAGACGGCCACCAGGGAGAUACUGCGACGCGCUGAUGUUGUCUUGGUGACACUGACUAGUGCCUCUAACGCCGGACCUCUGAGACUUCUGGAUGAGGAACACUUUGACCUGGUUGUCAUCGAUGAAUGUUCCCAGGCACUUGAGGCUGCGUGUUGGAUGGCCCUGCUCCGGGCUCCUCGCUGCGUGUUGGCUGGGGAUCACCAUCAGCUGCCUCCCACUAUACUCUCACAUGAGGCAGCAAGGGGUGGCCUAGAGCUGACGCUGAUGGAGCGAGUGUUGAAGGAGCAGGGGGAGGAGGUGGUGAGGAUGCUGACGACGCAGUACCGUAUGAACGAGAACAUCAUGCAGUGGUCCUCCGACCAGCUAUACAAUGGUCGACUUAUUGCUCACGAUUCUGUCAAGACACAUCUGCUGAGAGACCUGCCUGGUGUGAGUGACUGUGAGGAAACCAGUUGUCCCCUGCUGCUGGUGGAUACAGCCGGUUGUGACCUGUCUGAACUGGAAUUACCUGAAGAAGUGUCCAAGGGAAAUGAAGGUGAAGCUGAUAUUGUGGCCUCCCAUGUUGAGAAGUUAAUCUCUAGUGGUCUGCAACCUGAGAAUAUUGCAGUUAUUGCCCCUUAUAACCUUCAGGUGGAGCUGCUGCGUGUGAGACUGUCGCCAACCUACCCUAAACUGGAGAUCAAGUCCGUGGACGGCUUCCAGGGGAGGGAGAAGGAAGCUGUAGUCAUCUCCUUCGUCAGAAGUAAUUCAAAGGGUGAAGUGGGCUUCCUGUCCGAGAAUCGUAGAAUAAAUGUGGCCAUCACUCGAGCACGGCGCCAUGUCGCAGUGAUCUGUGACAGCGAAACGGUCAGCCAUGACAAAUUCCUCAAGACCCUGGUGGAGUACUUCACAGAGAGGGGCGAAGUCUGGUCAGCCCAGGAAUACAUUCAAGACGGCAAAGUCACCCACACAAGUUCCCGUCCUGAACAACUGGAGAAUCUGUUAUCUGUCAAGUCUUCCACCAAGCAGAAAUCGGCUAGCAAAGGUGAAGGUCACAAACAGCGUAAAGGUGACAAGGGUCACCAGAAGCAGGUGAAGAAACCAGGUCAAAGGUCAAAUGAAGGAGGAGCUAGACCAAAGCAACCAGCUUCUGAUGAGGGUGCUGUGCGUGAUGUGGAAGAGAAGGAGGCGGAGUAUGUCAAGUACCUCGAGGACUUCCUAGCCAACCCUGACCAGACGUACCUCGACUUCCCAGCGUCUCUAAACUCCCAUGACAGGCUGGUUGUACACCAGUUAUCGGAGAAACUUGGCUUACUCCACAACAGUAAAGGAGAAGGGAAAGACAGGCACAUUGUCGUAUCCAAACCUGGAAUUGAAGGUCAGGAGGUCAAGGUUGUGACCUCUGAGACAACAGGUCAAGGUCAUAAACCUGAUGUCAAGGUCAAAACUAAGCCAAAUAGAAAGGAACAGAAGAAUACACAAGAUAAGGAAAACAAGCAGAUUAAUGACAGCAGUGUAAUGCCUGAUGGUAUAGAGACAGAUACACCCGAGGAGGUUCCUUGUGGGAUUAAUGGUGAUCAUGUUGAAAAGAAAAGGGAUAAAGUAACUUGUGAAAUAUGUGGUAAGGAGGUCCUGAAUGCAAACAUCCAACUGCAUUCUGUUCAUUGUGCUAGACAGGUCAAGGCCAAACUAACUCAAGGUCAAGGCCAACCAUCCAAAGAUGAGGUCAAAUCUAAGAAAAAGACAAAAAACACAAAACAGGAUGCAGCUUUACACCGUACCGCAUCUGCCCUAGAAAAAAUUGAUGACGAUGAUUUUGACAGUUUGAUAGCAACCGUACAGAAACUUGACAAUAGGUGCUGCUUUACAAAAUGUAAACAGUUCACCACAACCCUGGGUCAUACGUGUGACUUCUGUUUGAGAAGGUUCUGCCUGGCCCACCACAUUCCAGAGAUCCAUGGAUGCGGAGCGGAUGCCAAGGUAGCGGCCAGGCAGGCCAUGGUGAAGGAAGGAAUCCUCUUUCGGGGGAAUGUUGCACCACAGAGAAAACUGGACCCUAACAAGCGAGCUGGCCUGCAGAGAAAGCUGGACAAGAAACUGGACGACAUGGCAGGAAAGCGUUCAUCAAAGACGAGCAAGAAGUGAUGUUUGGCAGAUCGUAUGGAGAUAUACUACUCAACAUUUGGUAAGAACUUGACCUAAAACACGAGCUGGCCUGCAGAGAAAGUUGGACAAGAGUCUGGACGACAUGGCAGGAAAGCAGUCAUCAAAGGCAGGCAAGAAGUGAUGUUAGGCAGAUCCUAUGGAGAUAGAAUACUCAAAUUUGUUAUUGACCAAAAUAGUCAUCUUUAGUCAAAGGUGUGGUCCUUAGCAAAUGUUGAGUAGCAUAAGUGUGAGUGAAUGAAGAAGGAAUGCAUUUCAAAGUUUUUGUUCGUAACUUGACAUCCAACAGCCAUUAAACUUGUCAUUACUAUUAAGAAUCAAGUUUUAAUUGUCGUUAGUGUCCCAUGAGAGAACAGUACCAGAAGCAAUGAUUGGCUGGUUACAACACUCGAUGUGUCUACAUUUGUUAGUCAUUCAGAUAUGGAAUGUAAUCUGAAUGUGUGGGUGUUGGGGUAGGCUAAUGGCUAAGGCACUAGCUUGUCACACUGUACAGCUGGGAUUGAUUCCCUACAUGGGUACAAUGUAUAAAACUCUUUGCGUGUGUUCCCUGCUGUGAUAUUACUGGAAUAUUUUUAAAGAGGCAUAGAACCUGCUCAUUAACUAUUCUGAAACUAUUUCUUAAAAAUCUGAUGUCUCAAGAAAUUAUCUUCUUACAUUGAGAAACAAUGGCAAAAACGUUCCCCUGUAACAAACCUUAACUUAAAAAAUAAAUGAUAAAAGUUCAAACAGGCCCAAAUUGUCCACAGACAGAAUACCAACUUUUUUGCCAAUUUGACUCAUGUGCCAGUUACGCAUUGGCUGGUCAAAGCCAAAAAAGCCAUUGCUUGACCUACAGCACGUAAAAAAGGGGUCUCUUUUUUGUGAUAGACUACUUAGAAUGUAAAGAACCCUGAGACCCCAAGUGACCCUGACCGUUUGACCUUAGCAUUUGAAAUACCUUUGCACUUUUGUUAUCUUUUACUAUCUGGUUCAAAUCAAUGUGAUUUUAUUGUUGUUCUUUUAAAUAUUUAUAAAAUCAAAUAUUACAAGAGCAUGCUAGUUGUAAGAGACGACUUAAUGGAUCUAGUGGCCAGGCUCUGUGACUUGGUUGAUGGCGUGGAUCAUUGCGCAUAUCAAUCACUGGGUUGUCUGGCCCAGACUGGAGUAUUUUCAGGCUGUCGUCAAACAGGUGGAAUAUUGCUGAGUGCAAUAUUUUGCUGAGGGUUAAAGAAAAGCAAACACACAUAUACACACAAACACAUGCACACAUACCAUGUUAUUUUCUAAUGUUCAAUGCUGUGAUAAUAAACAUGAUUUGUCAUUA